GGGAGUAGCAAGGCGCGCGUCCUCUUCCGGGGGGAGCCAAUCAGCGCGGCGCUCGUCGGGAGGGGGCCAAUCGGCGCGGCGGGAGUAGCGAGGCGGGCGUCUUCUUCCCGCGGGGGAGCGGCAAGAUGUCGGACGCACGUGUGUCGGCGCUGGCGGGCUACCGGGCGCUGGCGGCGGCGACGGGGAGGAAGGCGACGGGGAGGAAGGCCUUCCUCAGGAAGAUGGCGGCGAAGAAGAAGCGGCGGCGGCAGAAGGCGGCGGCGGCGGCGAAGAAGCUCGACAAGCAGGACCCACCGGCGGCGGCGACCGGCGAGGAGGAGGAGGAGCCGGCGGUGCCGCGGCUGCUGCGGGAGCUGGGCGGGGUGGCGCACAGCCAGCGGCGGGCCGCCCUGCUGUUCGACUGGCUGAUCGCCCCGCUGCCCGCCGGCGGCUUCUUCCAGCGGGCCUGGGAGCGGGAGCCCGUGGUGGUGCGUCGCGGGGACCCCGCCUACUACGGGGGCCUCUUCUCCACGGCCGAGCUGGACCGGCUGCUGCGGCGGGAGGACCUGCGUUUCGGCCGCCACCUGGACGCCGCCCGCGUGUCGCCGGAGGGCCGGAGGGAGAGCCCGGGGCCGGACGGGGGCAGGGCCACGCCGGCCGCCGCCUGGGGCCUGUACCGCGCCGGCUGCUCGCUGAGGCUGCUGUGCCCGCAGGCGUGGUCGCCCACCGUGUGGCACGUGCUGGCCCUGCUGCAGGAGCACCUGGGCUGCCUGGCCGGCUGCAACGCCUACCUGACGCCUCCCGGCGGGCAGGGCUUCGCGCCCCACUUCGACGACGUGGAGGCCUUCGUGGUGCAGCUGGAGGGCCGCAAGCGCUGGCGGCUCUACCGGCCCCGGACCCCGCUGCCCCGCCGGCCGGGGCCCGACCUGCGGCCCGAGGAGCUGGGCGAGCCCGCGCUGCGCGUCGUCCUGCGCCCCGGCGACCUCCUCUACUUCCCGCGGGGCUUCGUGCACCAGGCCGACUGCGGCGGCAGCGCCGAGCACUCGCUGCACCUCACCCUGUCCGCCUACCAGCGCAACACGUGGGGCGACCUGCUGGAGCCCCUGCUGCCCGCCGCCCUGGAAGCCGCCCUGGAGGAGGACGCCGAGUUCCGGCGCGGCCUGCCCCGCGACUACCUGGACUACAUGGGGGCCCUCCACGCGGACACGGCCGACCCGCGGCGGGACGCCUUCCUGGCCCGCCUGCGGGAGCUGCUGGGCCGCCUGGCCCGCCACGCGCCCGUGGACGCCGCCGCGGACCAGCGGGCCAAGGCCUUCCUGCACGACUGCCUGCCGCCCGUGCCCAGCGCGGCCGAGCGGGCCCGCGGGGCGCUGGCCCUGGCGGCCCCGCGCUGGGAGGCGGGCGCCGUCCGCGGGGCCGGGCCCCGCCUCGACGCCUCGGCCCGCGUGCGCCUGCUGCAGCGCGGCGUGGCCCGGCUGGUGGGCGAGGACGGCGGGGCCGUGCUCUACCACACGCUGGACAACGGCCGCCGCUACCACCAGAGCGGGGGCGGCCCCGCCGGCCAGGAGGGCCCCGAGGAGGACGCCCCGCGGGGCCUGGAGGUGGCCCCCGACCUCGUCGACGCCGUGGAGCGCCUCUUCCGGGCCUACCCCAACUUCGUCCGCGUGGGCUCCCUGCCCUGCGACCGCCCCGACGACCUGCUGGACCUGCUCGCCGACCUCUUCCGCCGCGGCCUGCUCAUCACCCGCGAGCCGUUGGACGGCGACCGGCGGGGGGACGGGGGAGGCGGCCGGGGCCCCGGCCCGUGAAGCGCGCACGGACACUCACCGGCGUCGACGAUCCCGGCGGCUCCCGGCUCCGGGGCGGCUCGGCGGGAC